AUGACCGCGGCAGCCGCCUCAAACUGGGGGCUGGUCACGAACGUGGUGAACAGCAUCGUAGGGGUCAGCGUCCUCACCAUGCCCUUCUGCUUCAAACAGUGUGGCAUUGUCCUGGGGGCCCUGCUCUUGGUCUUCUGCUCUUGGAUGACACACCAGUCAUGCAUGUUCUUGGUGAAGUCUGCCAGCCUGAGCAAACGGAGAACCUACGCUGGUCUGGCAUUUCAUGCCUAUGGAAAAGCUGGAAAGAUGCUGGUGGAGACCAGCAUGAUCGGGCUGAUGCUGGGAACCUGCAUUGCCUUCUACGUUGUGAUCGGUGACUUGGGGUCCAACUUCUUUGCUCGGCUCUUUGGGUUUCAGGUGACUGGCACUUUCCGUGUGUUCUUGCUGUUUGUGGUGUCCUUGUGCAUUGUGCUCCCACUUAGCCUGCAGAGGAACAUGAUGGCCUCCAUCCAGUCCUUCAGUGCCAUGGCCCUCAUCUUCUAUACUGUCUUCAUGUUUGUGAUUGUGCUGUCCUCCCUCAAGCAUGGCCUCUUUGGAGGUCAGUGGCUGCAACGGGUCAGCUAUAUCCGCUGGGAGGGUGUCUUCCGCUGCAUACCCAUCUUUGGCAUGUCCUUUGCCUGCCAGUCCCAAGUCCUGCCCACCUAUGACAGCCUGGACGAGCCAUCAGUGAAGACCAUGAGUUCCAUAUUUGCUUCCUCCCUCAAUGUGGUCACCACCUUCUAUGUAAUGGUGGGGUUCUUUGGUUAUGUCAGCUUCACUGAGGCUACCGCAGGCAAUGUGUUGAUACACUUCCCUUCCAAUCUGGUGACAGAGAUGAUUCGUGUGGGCUUUAUGAUGUCUGUGGCUGUGGGCUUCCCCAUGAUGAUUCUACCAUGCAGACAGGCCUUGAACACACUGCUUUUUGAGCAGCAGCAAAAAGAUGGAACCUUUGCUGCUGGAGGCUACAUGCCCCCUCUUCGGUUUAAAGUGCUCACCCUCUCGGUUGUGUUUGGAACCAUGGUUGGUGGCAUCAUGAUCCCCAAUGUGGAGACCAUCUUGGGCCUGACGGGGGCCACGAUGGGGAGCCUCAUUUGCUUCAUCUGUCCAGCUCUGAUCUACAAGAAAGCCCACAAGAAUGCCCUCUCUGCCCAGGUGGUGCUCUGGGUUGGCCUGGGCGUCCUGGUGGUCAGCACACUUACCACCCUCUCUGUGAGUGAGGAGGCCCCUGCAGACUUGACGAAGGAAACACUCAACGGCAGGCGGGGAGAGGCCGAGGGCAUGAUGAAGGCAGAGGCAGCACGGCUCUCAGUCCAGGACCCUGUUGUGGAUGUAGCUGAAGAUGGCCGGGAGAAGCUAAAGCCGCCAGCAGAGAAAGAGGAGCUGGAGCAGGCCCAGAUUAAGGGCCCUGUAGAUGUGCCUGGAGGAGAGGACGCCAAGAAGAAGCAGGAGGCCGCACAGCUCGAUCGUCCUGGUCAAGGUAUUGCUGUCCCUAUGGGUGAGGCCCACCGCCAUGAACCUCCCAUUCCUCAUGACAAGGUGGUGGUAGAUGAAGGUCAAGACCAAGAAGGGCUGGAGGAGAACAAGCUACCUUCCAGACACACAGAUGGAGAGGCUCCGGGGGGCAAGGAGCAGAUGGUGCCGCCUCUGCCUGAGUCAGAGAGAGACAAGUGGGAGCCGGAGAAGGGAGAGGCUAGGAAGAGACCCGAGCAAGCCCAGGCCUUGGAGGAAGCAGGUGAUCUUCCUAAAGAUCCUCAGAAGGUUCCAGAAGCAAAUGGUCAGCCAGCUGUCCAAGAGGACUCCAGACCAGACGACAGUAAUGUGCAGCCACAGCCCAGGGCAGCAAUCUCUGUGGAACAGAAAGCCCUGGUGGCAGGUGAAGGGGAAGAGGCUGCACAUAACGCAGCCGGGGACACAUGGAAACCCACAGAGAGCGACCCUGGUGGGAAGGCGCCCCUCCCAGCACAGAGGCCGGAGCAGAGGGAUAUGGAGCAGCCAGGCGGAGAGCAGGCUGGUAGUAAGCUGGAAGCUGAAAUUAAAAAGAUAGUAGCAGGUAUGACUUGAAAGGAGUGUGUCGAAAUGAAAAGUGUGUUUGUGGAGGGUCUUAUGGUGUGAGAACAGCACCUUGGUCUGCACAACCUGCCCAGUGAGGGCUCUGCAUGAGGAUCUAUCAGUUCCAGGGAGCAGCACCCUGCACAGCCCCAGGUGGGGUCCAACUCACUCUCCCUUCCUUUAUAAAUGCCUUGGUCCUUCUUAGCCUUCCUGUGGUCUUACUGUACUUGAAGGACAGCUGAAGGGAAUCUGUAAGAGGACUGCAUAAGGCACCACCAGAGCUAGAGGUGGGGUAAGGGCUGUAUGUACCUGCUGCCAUGUGCAUGGCCUGUUUACACAUCCCAUAUGUGUCUCAAUAUUUGGUGAUUCCCAUCUCAUCUGUGCACCUGGUCCCUAUGGACUCUGGCUGGGGACAGCCUGUCAGCUCCAUGUUGUUUCACAUCUGUCUGUGUGGCUUCCAGCUGGACAUGGCACCUUUCCUCCCCCUCCCAGAACCAAUCCAGAACCAGUCCUUUGUAGCAUGUGAGGCAGGGGCUACUCCUCCAGAACCCUGUCCUUGGAGGCAGAAGAUGUGUUCUUGUACCAUUGACCAUAAUAUGAUCAUGACUUACAGACAGCCAGGGUGAAGUGUGGCUAAUGGGUUUGGUGUCCUUAGCUUCCUCAUGUGCAGGAGGAGUGUGAAGCCCACCACAUGCUAUGUGGCCUUUCCCUCCAGGCAGGUGGAGGGCAUCAGAAGGGAGCAGGGGCUGCCCCUCCUCCUGGAGGUCAGCCUUGUCCGUGUGAUUGGCCUCAGCAUCCUCUCCACUGGUCCAUGUGCCUGCAGGUCUUUGUGCUGGCUACCAGAGAGUUUGGGCAAGGCCCAGGGGUGUGUCCAUGGGGAUCCAUUGCUGCCCAUGGGAACACACUGACUGAGAACUCUCCAGCCAGUCACCGGGCUACAUCAGGGAGGGUGGUACCUGUCAGUCUGUGUCCAGCACAUGGUUCCCUUGCUCGGAUGUUCACUCUCACUGUGCACAAAAUGGUCUUCCUUCUGACUUGCACUUUUACACCACUUCUUAACCCAUCAUCUUCCAAAGAUUUCUAAUUUGAAAAUGUGCACAUUGUAAAACAUACAUAAGCCAUGGCUGCUUGCUGCACAUACUGACCCAAGGCCUCCAUGUUUGUAGUGAAAAGCCAGUUCCCCACCUACCUAUAGCUGAGACUUUCAGCCAUGCUGACCAGAAGGGUGCUGUGCUCUAACUUGUGGGUAGGGACAGCACACAGCAGGUAUGAGCAGAUCUUAAGGGCCUCUUAUCCAUGCUGUUCUUCAGCUUGCCUCUUCCCUUAGUCACUGGUGUGCAGCUCCCCUUCAAGCUAAGAUCAUCCCAGGGUGUCUAGAGUGGGCAUCAGGAGUGGGUGUUGGACAGCUGUGUGCUAUAGCUGCCCAGGCUACACUGAUACCCCAUUCUCACAUUCUACUUAAAAUGAAGAUUGCUUGUGUUUUUAAGAUUCUCACUUGAAGGAAACUUUAUUAAAGUGUCAAUAUUCUUUUUUUAAUAGCUUAUAGUUUUUAUUUUCUUACAUGCUUGAUAUUCUUUUUUUUAAAAAAAUAGCUUAUAGUUUUUAUCAUCUUAUAUGCUUGUCUCAGAAUGUAUGAAAUGGGGGAUGUGGGAAGAGAAGCACCCAGCCCAGCCCCAAGAACCAUAACUAACCCAUCAUGUUCCCUCCACUCAGUUUUCCUCUGGACACGCAUUUUCAGCUAGCAAUGGGCUAGACACCGGAUCAGUGAGUGUGUCUGACCCACAGCAAUGGGAGAGCUAAAGCAGGUGGGACAACCACUGGCCAAGGGGACUCGGCUUAGUCAGGGCCCAGGUCCUCUGGUCCCCGCUGAACACCUGU